GAAUGGAAUAGCCCCAGGUCCCUGCACUUUGGAUUUCUGGGCCCAGGUUUUCAGGCAGCUUAGGAGCUCAUUUGCAAUUGAACAUCUAAUUUUUUCACACACAUCUACUGCAAUUGCACACGCAGGUCAGAUAACUGUGCCUGCACAUGCAGCUAAUUAUCUGUUUGAAGGCACAUCUACCCAAUCCAUGCAUGCAGCCACUGUAAUUGUGCACAUAAAUCUGGUGAAUACCUUCCGAUAUAUUUUGUGUCUAACCUAACUGAAAAUCCAACCCUUGGGAUCAGUGAAAUCAGCCCUUUAUGGCCACGUACAACUUACUCCCAACCCUUUUUUAUUCCUUCACUAUGUGGGAUUGGACUAAUGUUUUUCGGUUUUCUCCCAUUUUUGCUGCAAAGCCAAACCCUAAGUGUAACUUCUUUUUAAUCCCUGAAUUAUAAUGGGUUAUUGGUAUCGUGCCAACACCUGAGAGAUGAUCCAAGCAUCAAUAUCUCUUCACUGGACUGAGACUGCACUGACUGAGACCCCCAAAUUUAUUGCACGUGGGCCACCAAACAGCCAUUGAAUGAUAAUGACUUUGGGUUGCUACCAAUUUUGGCUGGAUGAAAAGUGGAGACCUAGUGGCAAAAGAACCUGCUGCUGACAUGGCGAGCUCCAGCCCAGAUGAGCCGCCUGCUAAGGAGACACCAGGCACUGAGUGCCCCAUAUAUGAAGAGGUGAUAUGCCUUGACAGAGCGGAGCAGAACCAAAGACUGGCAGUGGAAGAGCUGAUCAAGACAGAGGCCAGUUAUGUCCACACCAUCGAGCUGUGUGUGUGUGACAUCCGGGUCCACCUCCAGCAAAAGCAGCUGCCUGACAUAGACCUGGAAGGGCUUUUCUCUAACAUAGAUGACGUCCUCUGUCUCUCCAAACGUUUCCUGAAAGGGUUGGAAGCGACAGUGAGCCAGGAGCCUGAGCAGCUGCUUCUGAUCAGUGCCUUGUUCCAGGAGUUCAAGGAGGAGAUGGAGAGCAUCUAUAAGGUUUACUGUGCCUGCUAUGAGCAAGCUCUUCUGCUGGUGGAGAGUUACAAGAAGGACCCGAGGUUGCAGCAGGAGAUUGUGGAGACCCUGAAUACGACGGUGCCUCACACGGGUGCUUCAGACCUGAGCUUCUUCCUGGUGAUACCUGUGCAGAGGGUCACCAAGUACCCGCUGCUGCUGCAGAAGAUCCUGGAGAACACGUCAGCCAGGGACAAUGCCUACUCUGCCCUGCAGAGCGCAGCCAGUGCCAUGCUCGAGAUUAAUGCCAACAUCAACGAGUACAAGAGGCGCAAGGAAGUAGCAACCAAAUACAGCAAGGUCGAGCACCUGACACUGCGGGAGCGCCUUGGCCGGCUCAACAAGCACUCCAUUGCCAAGAAGACCACGCGGCUGAGCCGGCUCUUCAUGCACGAAGCGGGCAUUGUGCCCAAGACGGAGGACAAAGAGUUCGACCAUCUGGAGGAAAAGUUUCAGUUCCUGGCGUCUGGUGUGACUGAGCUGAAAGAGAACGUAACCUCUUACCUGAACAAUUUACAGGUCUUCCUCCUUUCCAAACCACAGGAGUGUGAGCUAGAAAUGGAAGGAGCUGCCCAGCAGUAUCGUCGCCUGGCAGGAAUGCUCCAUCGCACCAUCUUCCCGGAGUUUAGGAGACGGCUGGAUCAGCUGGUUUACCAGCCACUCUGCGGCCUGUCAGAGACUCUGAAGGGACCGCAGCAGCUGAUCAGGAAGCGCCUGGACAAGCUGCUGGACUAUGAGGAGAUCGAGGAGAAGAAGAGUGAGACAGGCAACGUGACGUACGAUGAGGAGGCCACCAUGAACACCUACCUCGCCAUCAACACCCUACUGGUGUCCGAGCUCCCCACCUUCAACCAGGUGGCCAUGCAGUGGCUGGGGCAGAUACUGCGCUCGCUUGUGGCCCUUCAGAGGGACUUGGCCAAGCAGGUGCUCCAAGAGGCUGAAAUAGAGCUGGCCCAGCUGCCGCAUAGCCACGUCCCUUUGCCUACUUUCUGGAAGAUGGUGAAGGAGACUUUAAGACAGUCUGGUGCUCAGCUUAACUCCUUCUGCCAGAAAUUUGAGACGGUCAUGCCGAGCCCUGUGGUACAGCCUCUUAGCCCUGCUGAGGAGCGCAGGGUCCUUUCACUUGUCAGUAAACAUGGCCCAGAGAAGCUCUACCAGGUGACGAGCAACAUCAGUGGCAGCAGAGAUCUGGACCUGACCCUGCAGAGGGGACAGAUUGUGGCUCUUCUGCAUGAAAUGGACACCAAAGGCAACACUAACAGAUGGCUAGUGGAUGCUGGAGGUCACCGAGGGUAUGUCCUGGCUGGGAAACUCCAACCAUAUCAUCUGGUCCAAAGUCAAAAGCCCAGGAUGCAGAUGCUGGCCCCGGACGCUGGGGCUGAGAGAAGACGGCACUCUUACACCUUACCCGAAACACCCAGGCCACAGGUCCUCGUCACCCCUCCGGCUUUCCAGGUGGUUGCAGGUUAUGCAUUCACAGCCAGGAGCCCCCAUGAAGUCAGUCUGCAGGCAGGGCAGCCGUUGACAGUGCUGGAACCUCACGAUAAGAAGGGAAGCAAGGAGUGGAGCUUGGUGGAAGUCAACGGACAGCGGGGCUACGUACCUUCCAGUUACCUGAUGAUGGUCCCCACCCAGGAGCUGGGGGGUUGGAGCUUGCCUGCUUGGUCUCUACCAACUCAGCAAACGUAGCAGCAGAAGCAAUGUUCAGGAAUGAGCGAUCCACUCCCCUACCCACCCCAUCUCCCAGAGAGGCUUGGCACAUGCAGUGAGUAAAGCUGGAAAAUGAGCUGGCAAAGAAAUGAAGAGGCCCCACUGGACUGAGAACGGGAAGGACAAAAACUACUGACAUAGAAUUUUGCAUGGGGAACUUUGUGUGCAGAAAAGGGGGUGGGUGUGUGUGUGUUACUCUGAGAGUGCCUUUUGUGUUGUCAUGCAGGAGGGCAUGAAGGUGUGAGGGUGUGUUUGUGUCUGCAUCAUCCGAGCCAUUAGCAAUUCUUUUUGAAAAAUCAUGGAAGACGGGAGAGAUUCCAGAAGACUGGAAAAGGGCAAACAUAGUGCCAAUCUAUAAAAAGGGAAAUAAGGACAACCCGGUGAAUUACAGACCAGUUAGCUUAACUUCAG